AUGAGUAUUUCAGAUGACAAUCCUUUUGAUGUGGAAGCUUUAAAUACUUUGGUUGAUGCUGAAAACAUUUUUAAUUCCAGAAAAGUUCAAUUGCAAACUUUAUUGAAGCAAAAAGCAAAAAUUAAUUGGGUCACAGAUAGUGCAGCCAAUACAUCAUUUUUUCAUACAAAUUUAAAGAUAAGAAAGGCCAAGAAUCUCAUCAGUGAAUUGGAAGUUGGAGAUGGUAAUUUGCUUACUGAUCAAAAGGAUAUAACAGAAGAAUUAAUCAAAUACUUUGAGAAAAAGUUUGAAUUUCAAGAAGUUAACAUUGAAGAUUCUCUACUUAACAAUAUUCCUGAAGUAAUUACUAGUGAAGAUCAAGAAAUGCUAGGAAUAAUUCCGAGAGAAGAAGAGAUUAAAAAUACAAUUUUCAGCAUGGAUCCUGAUAGCUCUCCAGGUCCAGAUGGUGUCUCAGGUCAUUUUUAUAGAGCAUGUUGGCAGAUAAUAAAGGAAGAUGUAGUCCAAGCCAUUCAAUUCUGCUGGUCAAAGAAAUUUAUUCCCAAAGGGAUGAAUUCAAUUUUUCUAGUGUUACGUCCAAAAGUUGAGGGUGCAAAAUCUCCUAAUCAGUAUAGGCCUAUAGGUCUUAGCAAUGUCAGCUUCAAAAUAUUCACUAAACUCAGUGCUAACAGAAUGAGUGGUUUGAUGACAAAGUUAAUUUCACUCAACAGGCUUCCUAUGUCAAAGGAAAGUAUACAAGAGCAAAUUUUACUUGCAUCUGAAAUGGUGAAUGAGAUGAAGAAGAAAAGGAGAAGUGGAAAUGUGAGUCUCAAACUGGACAUCUCUCAAGCAUAUGAUUCAGCAGUCAGCUGGGAAUUCCUCUUUCAAGUACUGUAG